AUGUCAGAUAAAAGUGAAUUGAAGGCUGAAUUGGAGCGGAAGAAGCAGCUGUUAGCUCAAAUCAGAGAAGAGAAGAAGAGAAAGGAAGAAGAAAGAAAGAAAAAGGAAACUGACCAGAAGAAAGAAGCGGUUGAUCCAGUACAGGAAUAAUCUGACCUUGAAAAAAAGAGACGAGAAGCAGAAGCAUUGCUGCAGAUUAUGGGGCUGACACCAAAGUCUCCUUUGGUCCUUCCUCCUAUGUCUCCAUCUUCCAAAUCUGUGAGUACUCCAAGUGAGGCUGGAAGCCAAGACUCUGGAGAUGGCGAGGUGGGAUCUAGACGAGGACCAAUUAAACUUGGGAUGACUAAAAUUACACAAGUUGACUUUCCGCCACGAGAAAUUGUGACAUAUUCAAAGGAGACUCAGACACCAGUUGCGGCACAACCAAAAGAAGAUGAAGAAGAAGAUGAUGAUGUUGUAACCCCCAAACCACCCAUUGAACCUGAAGAAGGGAAAACUUUAAAGAAAGAUGAUGAAGAAGUCCCCCCUCAUGAGUUCACUGAAGAGGAAAAACAACAGAUCUUGCACUCUGAAGAGUUUCUAAGUUUCUUUGAUCAUUCCACAAGAAUUGUAGAAAGAGCUCUUUCUGAGCAGAUUAACAUCUUCUUUGACUACAGUGGGAGAGAUUUGGAAUAUAAAGAGGGAGAAAUUCAAGCAGGUGCUAAAUUGUCCUUAAACGGGCGGUUUUUUGAUGAACAUUGGUCAAAGCAUCGUGUUGUUAGUUGUCUGGAUUGGUCAUCUCAGUACCCAAAAUUGCUUGUGGCCUCCUAUAACAACAAUGAAGAUGCUCCUCAUAAGCCUGAUGGGGUGGCCCUCGUGUGGAAAAUGAAAUACAAAAAAAAAAAUACCCCAGAGUAUGUGUUUCAUUGUCAGUCAGCUGUAAUGUCGGAUACAUUUGCAAAAUUUCAUCCAAAUCUGGUUAUUGGUGGUAGGUAUUCAGGCCAAAUUGUAUUGUGGGAAAAUCGAAGCAAUAAGAGAACCCCGGCCCAGAGAACCCCACUUUCAGCUGCUGCACAUACGCACCCUGUGUAUUGUGUGAAUGUAGUUGGAACUCAAAAUGCUCGUAAUUUGAUUAGCAUCUACACUGAUGGAAAAAUUUGCUCAUGGAGUUUGGACAUGCUUUCCCAUCCACAGGAUAGGAUGGAGUUGGUUCAUAAGCAGUCCAAAGCUGUAGCUGUCACUUCUAUGUCCUUCCCUUUUGGAGAUGUCAGCAAUUUUGUUGUUGUAAGUGAAGAAGGCUUUGUGUACACAGCAUGUCGCCAUGGCAGCAAAGCUGGAAUCAGUGAGAUGUUUGAAGGACACCAAGGACCAAUAACUGGUAUCCAUUGCCAUGCAGCAGUUGGAGCUGUAGACUUCUCACAUCUUUUUGUCACUUCCUCAUUUGACUGGACAGUGAAGCUUUGGACAACCAAGAAUAACAAACCUUUAUACUCAUUUGAAGACAAUUCAGAUUAUGUUUAUGAUGUGAUGUGGUCGCCCACCCACUCUGCCCUGUUUGCCUGUGUAGAUGGCAUGGGGAGACUGGAUCUGUGGAAUCUCAGCAAUGACACAGAGGUGCCGAUUGCAAGCAUUUCUGUGGAGGGUACUACUCUUAAUUUUGUGAGAUGGACACAUUCUGGGAGAGAGAUUGCUGUAGGCAAUUCUGAAGGACAGAUAGUUAUAUAUGACGUGGGAGAGCAAAUCGCUGUUCCCCACAAUGAUGAAUGGGCUCGAUUUGGGCAAAUGCUGGCAGAAAUUAAUGCAAACCGAGCUGAUGCAGAGGAGGAAGCUGCCACCCGCAUACCUACUUAA